ACCACCAGAAAGAAAAAUAAAAAGAGAAAUAAAAAAAAAAAAAAAAUUUAAGAAAUUCACCACCUAAGCUUGAUUGUUAGCUCUACGACUAUAAGAUCAGUUACUGUUUCAGGGCAAGAUCUGAUGAAUUCAAACCCUGAGAGUUGACAUACGUGGAACUGAUUGAUUGGUUGGUAGGAAGAGAAGUCAAGUCAACUGAAACAAAUGCCGGAGGAGGAUUUGGUUGAUAUAAAGUUCAGGUUGUACGAUGGGUCCGAUAUCGGUCCCUUCCGUUACUCAGCCACGUCAACGGUCGACAUGCUUAAGCAGAGAAUCGUCUCUGAUUGGCCCAAAGGUAAGACAAUUGUUCCUAAGGCAGUGAAUGAAGUCAAAUUGAUAAGCUCUGGUAAAAUUUUGGAGAAUAAUAAGACUGUUGGCCAGUGUAAAGUACCUUUUGGUGAUGUACCAGGGGGGUUUGUUAUAAUGCAUGUUGUUGUACAGCCAUCUCUAGCAAAAACAAAAACAGAAAAGAAGAUUGAUGAUUCACCAAGGAAAAUUGUCUGCUCAUGCUCCAUAUUGUGAAG